AUGAACAUCAAAGAGGAGGAAGCUGCACUGAUGAAAGCGAUCAUCAUUGCAAAUCCAUAUAUCCAAGGACUCUCGUCGGAAGCGUCCGAAGCCAUUGCUGAUUUGAGGGAUAGACUUCAGGAAACGCUGUAUCAUGUCGUUCGUGAGACUCACCCUAAAGAAGUCGCAUCAUCGCGUUUCGGAAAUCUUUUGCUGUUUAUACCGAGCGUCAUGAUGCUGGGUGCAGUAGUCUGUGACAAUUUGGAAAUUGUCGACUCUUUUGGCCAUAUGCCCGAUCGCCUCAUGCAUGACGUCAUCCAAGAAUGUAUCGCUGACGUCACGCCUUCGAGUAAUAUGGAUACCAACGGUAUUUCACAACAACCUCAACAUCCGUCCGAUUCGAACAUGCUCCAUUCGGCAUCGUCCACUUCGAUUGAAUCACUUUCCAGCUAUCCUGACUACACAUAUAGCAACAGCGGUCCCGGAUUGCCAUACAAGUAA